AUGGUGAAGCCACUCUUAGAUCCUUUUAAGGAGAUGAUUGAAUCAAGUCUUGAUCCAGAUCCAGGGACUAUACAAAGACGCAGAGACAUGGAUCAAAUGCCAUUUGAGCCAAAUGAGAUCAUGUGGUCAUCAAUUCCAAACUCAAAUAAGAUCCAUAAGAAUCAAGAGAUUGCUAAGAAAGCAUCUGAACAACUUUUCAACCUGGAUGUGCUUAGAAAUGGUGUACCCUAUGUUACCAUGGCUAAUAUAUAUGCACAAGCGGGAAGUGAGGUUAUAUCAAGUGGUUGUGAAAGUGUGAUCUUGAAUGGUUACCCCUCUAAAAGAGUCCGUCAGUUCCUGAUUUAG